UCCGAGGUGGAUCAGUCAUCGCGACAAGCGUUGUGGAAUAGACGUGCGGUGUUAUCAAACAUUACUUUCCUUGUGUGUACAGCAAAAAAUUGAAUGUUAUCAAUGAAAAUGUGAAUGGUUACCAGUAGUUAGGCGAUAUCUAUGCCACGAUAUUCAACUGGAUACUAAUUUGUUAUAUAAAAGGGGAAAAUGGAGUGAAUCAUGACGGUGCUUCUUUACGACUACUGCGAGCUGGAAGAGCGGGCGGCCAGGCAUCUCAGAACCUGGAAAACAUGGCACAUAAUACUUUACGUCCUGGCUGCCAUAUUUGGAGCAACCAACUACAUACUCCUGCAUAAGACCAUGGAACUAGUGAAUGGCCACUGCGUAUUGUACCCGAGGAAGCUAGAAUUUCACGUCGUACCCCGGUCAAACUACACGGAUGAAGUGGAAACCAAUGUCAACUACACAAUGGUUGAUGAGGUGCAAAACGGUUUAGAAGAGGAUGUUACCUCAACCGAUGGAAAGUCGAUGGAGAAAAGUGUAACAAAAAGAGAAAUUCCUGAUAACGAAACAAUGGAUAGUUUGGAAACAACAAUGGAUGCCAUGAACGUGACUGUCGUAACCGGGAAUGUAACUCACCAGCUGGUGCUGGAUCUGACCCGGUCUCUGUUCGCGUUCGACAGCGACUGCCAGUUUGCGGAGUACAUGCCGGUCAUGUCCACCAUCUGCGCUCUGGUCUGGGUCACGCUCUUCACCAUGUGUCCUGGCGGCGGCCACGCUAGAUCUGGGCUACAGCAGCCGUGGCGCAUCCUGACGCCGGCGCUGCUGUUCGCGCUGGUGAUGGUGGGCCUCACGGGCCACAGCUUCGCGCGUACCAACGGCGGCCUACACGCCUUCUGCGGAGCGUUCGCCAACCUCACCAACUCCACUACUUGCUCAUCAGUGGACCCAUUUCUGAAGCUGAGCUGGUCGACCUCGUGGGGCUUCGGCGGGCGCGCGGCGGCGACGCGGGCAGCGAGCGCGGGCGCAUGGGCCGCUUGGGCGUGCGCAGCGGCGCUGAUGCUAGCGCGCUGUCUGGCCGCGCCGGACUUCGUCGUGCGCCGCACUGGGGCGUACCUGAAGGAUCCUCAAGGAAAAUUAACACCUCACCUGAAGAAAGGUCGCCGCUCCCGACAGUCCCAACGUAGUGCGCCCAGCUCGCCCGGUGUACGUGACAACGUCUCCGUAUACUCCGAGCCAACAGCCACCACCGAACUGGCCACCGCCUCCGUUGGGCCGGGCCAGGACUCCGCCCCAACCUCGCUCAUGGUCACCCCGGUCAGGAAAGGCCGAGCCCAUGACAACCACGACUUAAUCGAAAUGACCUACGCACCUCAAGAGCGACGCGAAAUACUUCAAUAGCUUUUGGACUGUGCAAUAAUUAUUCUUGCAGAGCAUUUACUGUACCAAAAAUCUAGCAAACAUGUCAUAUGUAUCAAUAGUAAAUCACGUUAAUCGUGAAAGAAGAUGAAAGGAGCUAUAAUUACAUUUUUAACGCUGGGUACGUAAAAUAAGACAUAAAAUUGAGAAUUCGUCGGUUCUCUAGCUCAGAUUUCAGUGUGUUAAUGCAAAUGCUCAAUAUGUUUA